AUGGUUUUUAGAGAUGUUAUAAAGGAACCAAAAGUGAAGGUGGAAAGGGCAGAUUGUGAUUCAUCGGUUAUGUCUGGCUUGCAAAAUUGUCUUAUUUCGCAGCCUCCUGUAAACUUAGAGCAAGACUUGGGAUUUUUUGAGAAGAAUUUGCAUAUACUGGCUUAUAUUCUUUCUGGGAGAAAUAAUAGCAAUUCGGAAAAUGUUGGAAUUGGUUUGUUUGAGAGGGAGAGUUUGAACUCUGAUUACGAACCUAUGGAUACUGGAGAGAAUCGCAAUGGGCAAGCAUCCGAAGACAGUCUCUUGCCUGGUCUUUAUGAUGAUGCUGCGAUAGAUAUUUUGGCUUGGAGUUGCAGAUCAGAUUACCCCAAUUUGGCUUGUCUGAAUAAGAAAUUCAAAGCAUUGAUCGAAAGUGGGUAUUUGUAUAAAGUGAGGCGGCAGCUUGGUGUUAUUGAACACUGGAUUUAUUUAGCUUGUAUUUUGAUGCCUUGGGAAGCUUUUGAUCCUGCAAGGCAGAGAUGGAUGCGGUUACCGAGGAUGCCUUGUGAUGAAUGCUUCACUUAUGCAGAUAAGGAGUCUCUUGCAGUUGGGACUCAGCUACUUGUUUUUGGGCGUGAGUUGGUAGGAUUUGCUGUUUGGAUGUAUAGCUUGCUUACACACGAUUGGUCCAGAUGCCCUCCAAUGAACUUACCCCGUUGUUUGUUUGGUUCAAGCAGCCUUGGCGAAAUUGCUAUUGUUGCUGGUGGAAGUGACAGGAAUGGAUGCAUUAUGAGAUCUGCUGAGCUUUAUAACUCUGAACUGGGUUCUUGGCUAACUUUGCCAGACAUGAACCUGCCCCGUAAGCUGUGCUCAGGCUUUUUUAUGGAUGGGAAGUUCUAUGUCAUUGGGGGCAUGUCAAGCCAAACAGAUUGUUUAAGUUGUGGUGAAGAGUAUAACCUUGAGACAAGGACAUGGAGGAGGAUAGAGAACAUGUACCCUCUUCCCAGUGCAGGUCAUCCUGCAAUGCGUUCUCCUCCGCUGGUUGCUGUUGUAAAUAAUCAACUUUAUUCUGCUGAUCAGGCAACCAAUGAGGUCAAGAGAUAUGACAAAACUAAUAAUUCAUGGAGUGUUGUGAAGAGGUUGCCAGUUAGGGCUGACUCUUCUAAUGGCUGGGGAUUAGCAUUUAAAGCAUGUGGUAGCAGCUUGCUGGUGAUUGGAGGGCAUAGAGGCCCUCAAGGUGAAGUUAUUGUGCUACAUACUUGGGAUCCUCAGGAUAGAAGCACGGACAGACCAGAAUGGAAUGUUCUUGCUGUCAAGGAGCGAGCAGGUGCUUUUGUGGCAAACUGUGCUGUAAUGGGAUGCUAA